UGCAGUUCAAACCAAACCAAACAAAGCGCCCGCUCCAAUCCCUUUCGCCCGCAUUUAAGCGCGCCUGCCCCCAACCGCACUGGCGGAAAGCUUCGGGCCACCCCGCACCAGCGCGCGCCAACAAAAAUGCACAGGCAGCUCAGCCUCUCAGCGUCAGCGUCAGCGAGCUCGCCGAGGCAGCAGCAGCAGCAGGACGGCGCCGGCAACGCGGCGGCGCAGGCAAUGGCGGCCACCGGGGACGAGUCGGCCUCGCACUCCAAGGCCGACAGGGCGCGGCCGGCGAGGGAGGAGAGGGUCAUCCACCUCAUCCCGCUGCUCACCUUCCUCUGCUUCCUCCUGCUCUUCCUCUGCUCGCGCGACCCCUCCGCCUCCGAUAUGUCGAGCUUCGCCGGCGGCGAAGGAGUGAGAUCUGGGAGCCGGAGGUUGAAGAUGAUGCUAUAGACCUCUUAGCAAUUAUCAGAUGCGUGUUCGUGGAGUGUUUUCCAUUUUGAAUCCGAUAUUGCAAUGUAUCUUGCGCUCAUAUAUGGAGCAGCAUCUAAAGCUGUACUUGUCCAGCAGUAAUAAGCCUGUAAGAAAGCAUUGGGCUUCAUGCCACUGGUUUCUUUCCUUGGUGGUAAUUCUAACUAUCAGCAUUUUCCUUAUCA